UGUUCAUGUACAUAAAGGGAACAGGAACGAGGCUUUAAUAACCUGCGUGUGGUGGGUGUGGUCAGUGACGUCACUACUGUCGUUUCAAGUUAUAACUUGACGAAAUAACUUGAUAAUAGGUUCUUUCUUCAGUGAAGACAAUGUGUCCAACAUUGAUGUCCAAUAUUUAAAUAAUCUUCGUCUUACUUCCUGGUUUCUCCUGAUUCUCCCUCCUAAUCCAGUCAUUCUUUCUAAUGUCUAUUAGUUUACAUGUUAUUUCAUUUUCUUGCGUUCACAGAUCUAGUCGAGACCUGAUGACGUGUCCCACAUCGUUCCACUCAAACGUAAUCUUUGUCCGUCAUUUUAUCGACUUGAAACUGGUUAACAAAAUCAACGAAACUACUCAUUCAUACCCUUGUCUAACACUGCCCUCCUGUGGGAAGGUUUACUCAUGACCUCUCCGUAUCUCAGACUUUGACCUUAAGUUGCACUGUUAUAUGUUCCUGUCUCCACUGGAUGGCGCACAUUAUAACCAUCCCCUAUAAUCACCAACCUUCAGCAGCAUCAUCUCCCUCAGCUUCACCACUUGCUCUGUGGAUCUGACUGAAGACAAUCUGAAGACCCUGAUGGACAAAGACAAAAACCGAAGUUUUUUAAUUGGACUUUCAAUCUAUUUUUAUUAUUAUUUAUUUUAGAAUUGAGGGGGAAAGGUGACUUUUCAACUCCAGGUCCCUGCUCAGAAGAACAUUCAAGCAGCAGGAAGAUUUUAUAAAAAUCACCAUGAGUAUUUAGUCAGGCAGGAGUUUUCUAUUUGUUUUGUUCUGACCAUCCAGUGCAAUGCAGUUACUUUUUCUUACAUUUUCACUCGUCUUGACGCACCACCUGACCGGAGCCGCGCGCCCUGAGAAGUGCGCCUCCCGGUGCGACGUCAGUUUGUGCCCGAGCCUCCGUUGCCCCGGUGGGUUCGUCCUGGACCGGUGUAACUGCUGCCAGGUGUGCUUGUCCCGAGAGAACGAGCCCUGUGGCCGCAAAGACGAUGCGUCCUGCGGCGAAGGCAUGGAGUGCAGACCGCUGGUUCCUGCCGCGGGGAAACGUCGAGGAGGUCCCGGGUCCGGAAAAGGCGUCUGCCGCUGCAAGACGGAGCAGCAAGUAUGCGGCACCGACGGCAGGUCGUACAGUAACGUGUGUAGACUGAAGGCAGCCAGUCGUAAAGCUCAGCAGAAGGGGAGACCUGAGGUGAGACAAGCGCACAAAGGAGCGUGCAGACCUCCAGGAGCAGCAAAGAGCUGCAACACUUCUUCUCCAGUUCCUCCCAUCAGCCCUCGCUACAAGUUCAACUUCAUCGCAGACGUCGUGGAGAAAAUCGCUCCUGCUGUUGUUCACAUCGAGUUGUUCAUCAGACACCCUGGCUUCGGUCGACACAUGCAUCUGUCCAGUGGCUCUGGUUUCAUCGUGAGCCACACAGGUGUGAUCUUGACCAAUGCCCAUGUGGUCACCACGAGGGCUAAGGUCACGGGGAGGCCUCAGCUGAGGGUGCAGCUCCACGACGGCGACGCCUAUGAGGCUGCAGUCAGAGAUGUGGACAGGAAGUCAGACAUCGCCACAAUUAAAGUCAAUCCCCAGAAGAAGCUUCCAGUCCUGUCUCUGGGUCGCUCAGCCGACCUGAGGCCUGGUGAGUUUGUGGUGGCCAUCGGCAGCCCCUUUGCUCUGCAGAACACCGUCACCACCGGCAUCGUCAGCACAGUGCAGAGAGACGGCAAAGAGCUGGGCAUCAUGGACUCAGACAUGGACUACAUCCAGACUGACGCUAUCAUCAACUACGGCAACUCUGGAGGUCCACUCGUCAACCUGGAUGGAGAGGUGAUAGGCAUCCACACUUUAAAGGGCACAGCAGGCAUCUCCUUUGCGAUACCUUCAGACAGGAUCCAGCGCUUCCUCACAGAGAUGCACAGCCACAACAAAGUGAAUCCCUCUGCAGUUGAUGCUGCAGAAAACACGAGACAGCAGAGAGCACUAACAGAGGAGCCUCAGUCUGACACCGAUGUUCAAAGACGCUUUUUAGGGAUCAGGAUGGUGACCAUCACCAACAGUCACAGCCCAAAUUUCCCAGUCGACAGCAGCGGAGUGUUGGUGCAGCAGGUCAUCCCUAACACUGCAGCAGAAAAUGAAGGCCUUCAAGCUGGUGAUGUCAUAAUGGCACUAAACGGACAGCGGGUGAAGACCACCCAGGACAUUCACGAAGUGCUUCGUGGAGAUCGCCCCCUGCUGAUGGAGAUCCGCAGAGGCAGCAAUGACCUGCUCUUCAACAUCCAACCUCAGGUGAUUCCACGCUGACCCACAGGACGGUUCAUGUGUUCAACAUUUGAACAGUGU